AUGCGCCCUGGGCUGGCAAAACCGGGCGCGCUCCCACUCCUGGCCCUGAUUAUUUUCUCGCUGCUCACUCUGGUGCCCUCGCUGUCGAGUAUAUACAACAUUAAGCUGGCUGAUUUCACAUUCUACGCUGGAGCUCGUCAAGUCCCUCUUAUCCAGGAUAGCGCUACCGACGUUGUCUCGGAAAUACAUCCGGUCGAUCCUCGCAAGUCAUGGACCCUGGCUGCGCAACAUAGGCCCCGUGGGAACCGUCCAUCGCGGUCUUCACGCGUGGGCCACGGCGCGCCGACCAUCCCUAGCGAGAUCGCCCCUGUCGAAAAUAAAAGUCGCGUUUUGCAUAGCACCGAGUCGUCUUUCAAGUUCAGUCGAAGAGCUCGCGCGUUUCGCACGUAUUUCAUCCAGCAAUUAGACGACUAUCAAUUUCUCACCCCCUUUACCAACCGGAGCUAUGCCACCGAGAACGCGAACCUUCCCCCUACGCUUGCGCCCUCAAACAUUACUCCCUCGCCAACCUCAAACCUCGAAGAGAACCCUGAAAAUACACCACAACUGAGUAAUGAAUCGACGUCCUCAUAUGCAGCGCCCAACGCCGAUUCGAGACUACAGUUUCCUACCUUGCGCAAUAUCUGGCAGCAGGCCUGCCAUUCCGCAAUUGCCCUUUGGGAAAUCACCAAAGAUUCGCCAUAUAAUCCCGCCCUCCAUCCAUCAACCCGAACUGUCUCCAAAUAUAUUGAGUCAGUGUUCUGGAGUAAUGCGUCUGCAAGCUACGCAGUACCCUCGAUGCCCCAGACGGAGAAGGAACCCGCUUUCCCGACGCCGACACAAAUAUCAGAAAAACUCCCUUGUGACCAACCAACUGACGCCGCUAGCCACCACUCGCCAGAGCUACGGGGUAGCUGCAUGGCUGUGGUGAUUGGACUGGUUGUGGGGAUCAUGUGGUUCUAG